AUGACUGAGGAAUCGACAAAAAAGUCAAACGCUACCAAGCCCCGUAAACGCUUUGUCGGGAGCAAGUCCGCAAAGCCAUCUAAACCAGGCACCCACCCGAUCCUUGCUAACCAAAUUCCUCAAGAUAUCCUCCUCGACGACCAACUGAAUGCCGCGAUAAAGCAACUACCCUCCAACUACUCCUUUGAAAUCCAUAAAACCAUCCAUCAUGUUAGGAAGAACAACGCUUCAAUGGUCGCUCUGCAAAUGCCAGAGGGGUUACAGAUGUUUGCUUGCACCAUUGCGGAUAUCAUCGAGCGGUUCACUAACGCGUUGACUGUGAUCAUGGGCGACGUUACGUAUGGUGCAUGCUGCGUUGAUGAUUACACCGCCGUUGCUUUGGGCUGCGAUCUAUUGGUUCACUAUGGCCACAGCUGCUUGGUUCCUAUGGAUCAGACCUCCAUCAAGUCCCUUUACGUGUUUGUAGAAGUUGGCAUUGACUCUGCCCAUCUCGCACAAACGAUCCGCACAAACUUUCCCGACGACCAGAAGACAUUCCACGAGACUUUAUUGGAUUACGAGGAAACCAUCACACUCGUUUCAACCAUCCAGUUUGUAGCUGCUCUCCAACGUUUUCCAAAAUACUGGACGGGAAGAUACGACGCCACCAUCCCAAGAUCUAAACCUCUUUCACCAGGAGAAAUCCUGGGAUGCACGGCUCCACGACUAGACAACACCGAUGCGUUGAUCUACCUUGGGGAUGGCCGAUUUCAUUUGGAGUCAAUAAUGAUCGCAAAUCCAUCUGUCCCCGCUUUUCGUUAUGACCCCUACUCCAAGAAACUAACUCGUGAAAGAUACGAUCACCGGGAGAUGCAGUUGGUCAGAGACAGCGCUGAGGCUAUGCCCCCUCUCUGGGGUGUAAUUCUCGGAACCUUGGGCAGGCAAGGAAGUUUCAAGCAGCUUCAGGCAAUUAUGAAUCAACUCGAAGCUUCGGAUGUGCCGAUACCGUACAUACCGAUCCUCCUUUCAGAGCUGUCGCCAGCGAAGCUUGCUUUGUUCAAUCCCCAUAUAGCGACAUUCAUUCAAACAUCGUGUCCGCGUCUCUCCAUUGAUUGGGGAUAUGCAUUUGACCGACCGUUGUUGAGUCCUUACGAGACUGCCGUAGCAGUGGGUAAAACAGCGAGUUGGAUGGAUGCGCCUGAGCGGGGAAAGUCAAAAUCUGACGUUGGUGUUUACCCCAUGGAUUUCUACGAGGCUGGCAGCCCUUGGUCAGUGGCAAGGACGAAGGCCUCCUUUUAG